GGAGCGAGAUCGGUCUGCGCCACUAUGCCUGGCAGUGAAUCAAUGGAUUUAUGAAAAGGAAGAAAGUAGCUGAGGGGAGUGUGAGACUUCUACAGUGUGAGAAUAGGGAAUGAAUAAUGGGAAGCAAGGAAAUGGUAGAAUCAGUGCUUCACGUCAGUUCACUUGAAGGUGAUACCUCAACCAAGGGACUGGUCACUAAACUUGGAAGCAACACCACUGAAUCAAAGUUCAUCACUGCUUUCACUUUUUCUAAGUGUGCAGAGUACAAUCCCAAAUAUGAGGGAGGCUGUGAUCAUCUGCUUCCUCCUGGCCACAAUGCUCACAGAGUCAGCUUGCUGGAAACAGUCCACAGUUCAACCAAAUGGAGAAACAAUGGCAAGUCUGCCCCCGUUACUGACUGAGUCACGGACCACAAUAAUGUCAGCACAAUAUAAGUGCUACUUAAAAAUCAUCAGAGACCCGCCAUAUGAAACAAAAGGGUCCUACUGCAACCGUACCUGGGAUGGAUGGCUGUGUUGGGAGGACGCUCCUGCCAAGUCAACCUCUGUGCAGCAUUGCCCUAACUACUUCCAGGACUUUGAUUACACGGAAAAGGUAACCAAGAUUUGCACUGAGAAAGGAAGGUGGUUCCAACACCCAAUGAGCAACCGGACAUGGACAAACUACACCCAGUGUACAGCGUACACCGAGGGGAAGCAGACGACGGCAUUGAACCUCUAUUACGUGGCCAUCACAGGACAUGGGAUCUCCAUCACUUGCUUAUUGGUUUCUCUUUGCAUUUUCUUCCACUUCAAGAGUCUCAGCUGCCAGAGAAUCUCACUGCACAAAAGCCUCUUUGUAUCGUACAUCCUCAACUCCAUAGUCACCAUCAUUUGGCUGUCAGCUGUGGCAAACAACAAGGAACUGGUGGAAAGGAACCCUGUUGGCUGUAAGAUAUUGCUCUUCAUUCACUUGUACUUGAUUGGAUGCAAUUACUUCUGGAUGCUGUGUGAAGGGGUCUACCUGCACACUCUCAUCAUCGUGGCUGCGUUUGUGGAGGAGCAAAAAUUAUUCUGGUACUACGUACUUGGAUGGGGGUUCCCACUGAUUCCAGCCAUUAUACAUGCAGUUGCCAGGAGCAUGUACUACAAUGACAAUUGCUGGAUGAGUUCCGACACUGUUCUUCUGUACAUCAUCCACGGCCCAAUCUGUGCUGCGCUACUGGUCAACCUGUUAUUUCUGCUGAACAUUGUUCGCGUUCUUAUCACCAAGCUGAAGGUCACCCAUCAGAUGCAAUCUAAAGUCUACAUGAAGGUUGUUCGAGCCACACUCAUCCUUGUGCCGCUCAUGGGGAUUCAGUUUAUUCUGAUUCCAUCUAGACCUGAAGGACAACUGAUUAGGAAGAUUUAUGACCAUGUGAUGCACAUUUCUGCACACUAUCAGGGUUUACUGGUGACAUUGAUAUUCUGCUUCUUUAAUGGAGAGGUACAAAUUGCGCUGAAGAAGCACUGGUCAAAGUAUAAGGACCAGAGCAGUCACCAGUUUACUAACAUGGAUGGCUGCCAUUCCAACGCGACAUCAACAUCCGAGAUUAACCGAAACUCUCUUGCACAUUCCAUCAACAACAACCGUACCAAUGGCAAGAGCUGGUGUGAGACUAUCCCACUGAAAGUAGCAGGCAACCCUGUGUGAGGGGUUUUCCUUUCCCAAGAGCAAAAACAACCCCCUUAAAGAUUCCCCACCCACCCACAAGGAAAGGGGGGAAAACUUCUUUAUAUCAAGUUGUAUUCUUGAAUCUUGGAAAUAUCUUUAAACUCCAUUUAAAGGAAUGAGGUGCAGUCUGUGUGGUUUGGAAAUACACAGAUGUUUUCUUCAGAAAAGAGCAGCUUAUUUCUGGUUCCAUUGAACAAGUACCGUUAAAACUCUGUCACUCAUUCUGUGUGUGUUCCCUUGAACAAUUUGACAGGCCAAGGUAAUUAAAACAUUGUCCAGGUAAAAAGCUCUUAAAGUUGGAAUGUCAGACAUGGUGAGAGCAGUUCAACAACGUGCAUUUUGACAGCAGCUUCAACAUGGGAAAUGUUCCAAGGUGCUUCACUUCUUUGCCAGAUAGCUCUGGGAGGCCUUGGGAAACUUGUGAAGGAACUGUUCGAGAGGAGCUGGCUCUGAGUGGAGUGACUGCCAGACUCUAACCAGUAAUGUACAAGGUAGAAAUAUAAGUCCCUUUCUAUGUACCUUCCGUGGCUGCCGAGCAUGCCAUUGUGCUUCACAACAGCAUGCUUUAGAACUGUUGUUUGGGAGGCUAACAUGAUUGUUUCUUUUGUCUUUGAAUUAUCUAAAUGGUUCCAGUGAAUAUUUUUGACUCAGGGACUUUGCUAGUCAAAUCCCAAGUUUGAAACAAAGUUCCAUGAAUACACAGGCAAUCCUAGGUACCAAUUGAAUUGGAGCCUUCAUUUAAAGUAGCAUUUUCUCAGACUCUCCUAUAUGUUCUUUGAUGUAUUAAGGAUUAAUUAUGUCAAACCUUUCCAAGAAAACACAAAUAUUAUGGUUAAAGUUAGCUUUGUAUGUUGCUGCCCCUUUCUCUGGGUAAGUGACCUCUUUCAAAUUGUAUCCGUAUCAGGGGAGCGUGUCAGUUUUGGAGGUUUGCACUUAUGCCUGUCUUUAUCUCUGAUAUGGUUAAGAUUUUCCAGUUACCUCCCAGAAUUAUUCCUAUGAGCUGACUGGCAUUGGAAGAUUUCAGAAGUGUGUAUAUAAAAAUCAGACUGCAAAUGGGUAUCAAGCGAUACCUCACCCAGAAUAAGUAAUUGAAUCAUGCUGCCAUGAUAUCUGACUGUCAACUCCUAUUAAUUGAUUACAUAUAUAUUAUCCAACUAAAUUGUUCAUUGUGUUGAAAAAGUAAUGUCACUUGGUACCACCCCCACUACUGUGCAAUGUUCCAAGAAAAGCCUUUACCUGUUAACCAUUUUCUGAUCUUUAAGUUUGCCAAUUCUCAGGAGCUGAUCUUUCUGUGAAUCUAUAUGGAACAAGACUCAGUAAUCCAAGGAAUAACACUGGCAGUGACCCUGCCCUAGUGACCUGAUGAAACAACAGAAUAAGGGCCGGGAUGUAAUUGCUACACUAUGUUGCAUUAAUCAGUGUUAUGCUGUUCUUGUCCUAGAUGUUUCACAUGCUGAAUGAAGAAGCAUUUUAUUGAAUGAUACAAUGCCAUUUUAAUAGAGCUAUCUGAUUAAUCCUUGUCCCUUGCAUUUUUCCUGUAAUUUGAUUUUUUUUCCAAGUAUUUAUCCAAUUCUUUUUGAAGGCUGUUACUGAAACCGCUUCUCUGCCCUUUGAAGCAACACAUUCCAUUUCCCAGUAGUUUACUGUGUAAAAAAUCAGUUUCUCUUGGCACCUCUGGUUCAUCUGUGACUCACUUUAAGUUUGGAUCCUCUGAUCCCUUCUGCCAUUGGAAAGAGUUUCUCCUUGUUUACUCCAGCAAAACUGCUCAUGGUUCUGCACACCUUUAUUUAAUCUCCUUAAUCUCUGUUCUAAGAACAGCUCCAACCUCUCCUCCUAACUGAAGUCCCUUGGCCCAAUGACAGUUCUGGUAAACCUCUCCAAGGCCUUGACCUGUUUCCUGAAGUGCGGUGCCCAGAAUGGAACACAGUAAUCCUGCAAAACGUUUGCAUAACUUUGUUACUAUCGUAGCCCAUGUACAUUUUUAGUAGCUUGCUAAACUUGCCCGACCACUUUCAAAGACUUGUCUACAUUCACAUUAGUCCCUUCUUUCUCAUAUCCUUUAUGAAAUUGUAUAAUUUAGUUCACAUUGCCUCAUGUCAUCAUUCACUAUUACAUUUAGUUUGCUCUGCAUCUGACAAUUUUACAUCUCCUUGAAUUUUGUUACUCUCCAGCUCAUUAAUACUAUCAAAAUAAGUAGUGGUUCUAAUGACAAUUCCUGUGGUACAUUACUGUAUACUUCCCUCCAGUCUGAAAAUCAACUGUUCAACACUACUCCGCUGUCUGUCACCAUUGUACCUAUGCUGUCACUUUAAAUCCCCUGAAUUAUAAACCCGAUAUACCAUAAAUCUACUUUCUACUAGCACUUUAAUCUCUCUCUGUAGUCCCACAGGGAGCUAGAGCUUUGAAUGGCCUUCCUCUCCACCUUAUACACCUAUUGUGUCUGAACAUCUUGAACUGCCACAUAACUGGGCCAGAUCUCUUUUUAACCUGUUGGUUUGCUGUCCUCCAGUUGUAUUUUUGUACUUGAUGUUACCUCAUUCCCCACUGACAGAUGGUCCCACUUUCUUGCUUCACUUAGUUUCCCAGAAGUAGAUCCAGCACUGCAUGUCCUUGUUGGGCUGGGAAUAUGCUGUUCAGGAAAUUUCUGUUUGUAUACUCUCCCUUUUGGCCUUUACAGACCCAUCCAAGAUUAUACAUCCCCCAUUAUUAUUCUUCAGCUGUUGCAUCUUUUUGUAAUUUAUUUGCUGGGCAGGUUUGAGGAAUUGCAUGACCUAUUCCUGCUCCUGAUCUGUAGGUAUGUUCCACUAUCUCCUUCCCCCUAUUUGACUGCCUGCUGGUAACAAAAAGUAGCAUUACUAUUACUCUUUAAUUCUAACCACACGGACUUAGUCUAUACUGCCCUUUUCCAGGGCUAUAAGACACCACUGAGAAAUAAUGUAGGAAACACUCAGGUCAGGCCACAUUAUGGAAAAAGAAACAUAACUAAUGAUUCAGGUUGAAGAUCCUUCUGAGUUCUAAUAAAGUGUCUUCAACCUGAAACAUUAACUGUUUCUCUCUCCACACAUGUUGCCAGACCUGCUGAGUCUUUCCAGCAUCCUCAAUUUCUUUUUAUUUCCCUCCCCAUCCUACAGUGAUCUCUCUUGUGCAUCUUGUAGCCAGAGAUGUUCCUGCUAUAUUUUGGCCAUUAACAACUUCAGCCUGCACCUCACCAAUCUUUUUUACCACACUGUGCAUUUACACAUGUUCAUUCCAAACCUGGGAGUGCUUUACCUUUGUUCCUUGUCUUCCCAUCUCCACUUCUGAACUACUCCCUGCUCUUGUGGAAGCUGCCUAUCCUAAGCUCUCUGAACACACUUCUCCUCUCUGACUUUUCCCCUAGUGUAUAUUCCACUGUCAAAUUAGUUUAACUAACCACCACCCACUGUCCCAAAAUCUCCACUCACAAUGGGGAGCUUCCCCUGAAUAAAUGACAUCCUCAGAACUAAUGGUCUUUUUUUAAAAAAAAUCAAUUGUUGUGAAUGCAUUUUGGCAUUGUCAAUUUUCAACAUGUUGUUUUGCGUGUACUUGUCUGACAAGCUUCUAAUCUGUUGCUGUAUAAACUCACAACAAUAAAAAGAAAAAAAACAUUCACCCAAAAGCAUCACAUUCCUUCUGCCAACUUGUGACCCAGACUUGCUUCUCUUCACAGUUCCAGAAGUGAGACCCAUUUCCAGAGACAACAAA